AUGGUGUCGGGUUGGCCUGCCACCCAAACAGCGCACGGCGCCCAGUCUGCAGCUGCAGCCUAUACCUACACACCGAAUCCUGCCUUCAUACCUGUUCAGGUUCGACAAGGCUUCGCACAAUAUAUUCAGCCUCCUCCUCCCGGAUACCAAGCGGAGCCGCCCGCUGCACCGCCCGCAAUGUCACCACCCGCCACCGCGGUUCCCGGGACUCAACCCAAGGCGAAGACUGAAUGGCCGGAUUCCGUUAGAAGAUAUGUCCAGCGAUCUUUUCUUCCCCAAAACGAUGAUGCCUCCGUGACCCGCUCCGAACUAGAGGCCAAGUUGAAGAAUACGAUCGGAACAGCCAAGGAUAAUGGCUCAUUGCACACACUUGACUGGGACAAAAUGCCACUGCCGCAAGUGCUCGUGAAAGCCGACCGCGCCGCAAAACUAGGGAAUCCACUUUACAGUGUCGAAAAUACGAGGAAGCGAAAGUCGACUGAGUUCGCAAGCGAAGCGGUUGCGAAAGCCCCAUGGAAUACUACUAAGGAUCGUAAUUCACUGGAGGCUCGGACGUCGUAUGCGCAUGACAAGAAGGGAGACAUGGACAAUAGCGCAAAGUCCAGUAAGUUCCAAAAGGACGCGAGCAAGCGCAAGCGGCGGUUCGAGAGCGAGUACAAGGCCGCGAAUAUAACACCGACAGAGAGCACGCUGUCGUCGGGGCCCAUCGUGGGCACCAGCGAAGUGCUUGAGAAACGAUAUCUACGCCUGACUGCUCCUCCCAUUCCCUCCAAUGUUCGUCCGGAACCAAUUUUGCGGCAAACAUUGGACUUGCUGAAGAAGAAGUGGAGGAAAGAGGGCAACUACUCUUAUGUGUGCGACCAGUUCAAAUCGAUGCGCCAAGAUUUGACUGUACAACGCAUAAAAAACGACUUUACAGUUUCGGUCUACGAAAUCCACGCCAGAAUCGCGCUUGAAAAGGGGGAUAUCGGUGAGUAUAAUCAAUGUCAGACCCAGCUUCGUUCGUUGUACGAGCUAGGCCUGAAAGGAAAUAGCGUGGAGUUCAAAGCGUACCGUAUUUUAUAUUUCAUUCAUACAGCCAACCGGACUGGAUUGAACGACACCUUGGCAGAUCUAACAGCAGCAGAGAAGGAGGAACCGCCCGUCAAGCACGCCUUGAGUGUGCGAUCGGCAUUGGCGUUGGGAAAUUAUCACAAAUUCUUUCAGCUAUACCUGGACACACCCAAUAUGGGAGCAUAUCUUAUGGAUAUGUUUGUGGCCAGAGAGCGUUUAGCAGCACUUUGUAACAUGUGCAGAUCGUACAAACCAGACGUCAAGCUCCGAUUCAUCACUGAAGAGCUUGGCUUCGAAUCGGACGCGGAUGCAGCCCAGUUCAUUAUUGACCAGCAAGGCCAAGACUUGCUCGAAGAUCGUUCCGACAAUAUCAUGUUCUUGACUGGCAAAGCGGGCAACCUCUUUGAGGCUUCCCGCGCUACAGCCUUCAAAAGCGUCGAUAUCAAGGGUCAGAUCUGA